GUGAGACGCUCUUGCUGCCAGUUGAAGCUCCUUGUUGGGGGGUAGGGGAAACAUGGCGGCGGCGAUGAGGCAGGAGUUGGCAGUGUUGAUGAACUCCAGCGGCUCCCACAAGGAUCUGGCCGGCAAGUAUCGCCAAAUCCUGGAAAAAGCCUUGCAGUUAACAGGGGCUGAGCAGCUGGAGGCUUUGAAGGCCUUUGUGGAGGCUAUGGUUAAUGAAAAUGUCAGCCUCGUGAUUUCCCGGCAACUGCUGACUGACUUUUGCUCCCACCUACCAAAUCUUCCAGAUGCUACAGCUAAAGAAAUCUAUCACUUCACUUUGGAAAAGAUCCAGCCUCGAGUCAUUUCAUUUGAAGAGCAGGUGGCUUCCAUACGACAACAUCUUGCCACCAUCUAUGAGAAGGAAGAAGACUGGAGAAACGCUGCUCAAGUUUUGGUGGGAAUUCCAUUGGAAACUGGGCAAAAGCAAUAUAACGUGGACUAUAAACUCGACACCUAUCUGAAAAUUGCUCGUUUGUACCUGGAAGAUGAUGAUCCUGUGCAGGCAGAAGCUUACAUAAAUCGGGCCUCUCUACUUCAAAAUGAAUCCACCAAUGAACAACUGCAGAUACAUUACAAGGUAUGCUAUGCACGUGUCCUUGACUACAGAAGGAAGUUUAUAGAAGCGGCACAACGAUAUAAUGAACUUUCUUAUAAGUCUAUAGUACAUGAGACUGAGCGACUAGAAGCAUUAAAGCAUGCAUUGCACUGCACCAUUCUAGCAUCAGCAGGACAGCAGCGUUCCCGUAUGCUGGCAACCCUGUUUAAGGAUGAACGCUGCCAGCAACUUGCAGCUUAUGGCAUUCUAGAGAAAAUGUAUCUGGAUAGAAUUAUUCGAGGGAACCAGCUGCAGGAGUUUGCUGCCAUGCUGAUGCCUCACCAGAAAGCAACGACUGCUGACGGUUCCAGUAUAUUGGACAGGGCAGUCAUUGAACACAACUUGCUUUCUGCCAGUAAACUGUACAAUAAUAUUACAUUUGAAGAGCUUGGAGCUUUGCUUGAAAUACCGCCAGCCAAGGCAGAAAAAAUUGCCUCUCAGAUGAUCACUGAGGGUCGAAUGAAUGGAUUUAUUGAUCAAAUUGAUGGAAUUGUCCACUUUGAGACUCGUGAAGCUUUGCCCACAUGGGACAAACAAAUCCAGUCCCUUUGCUUCCAAGUGAACAACCUACUGGAGAAGAUCAGCCAGGCUGCCCCUGAGUGGACAGCACAGGCAAUGGAAGCUCAGAUGUCACAGUAGUUUCCCCAACCAAAUUUAUGGAAUAGCACCUGCCAUCAAGAUUCAGUGAUCCCACACUUUAAAUACUGAAUUUGUUUCUUCCACAAUUUAAUUUGCAUUUGCAGUUAUUUAAGGAUGUUUUAUAAG